AUGGGGAAGACACAAAAGAAGAAUAGCAAGGGUCGUUUAGAUAAGUACUAUUUCUUAGCUAAGGAGAAGGGUUAUAGAGCUCGUUCGUCUUUUAAAAUCAUUCAAAUCAACGAAAAAUAUGGACACUUUCUUGAAAAGUCCAAAGUAGUCAUCGACUUGUGUGCCGCUCCAGGGUCAUGGUGUCAAGUGGCGUCGAAUUUAUGUCCUAUAAACUCAUUAAUCAUAGGUGUUGAUAUUGUUCCUAUCAAGCCAUUACCUAAUUGCAUAACAUUUCAGUCAGAUAUCACAACUGAAGAUUGUCGCUCCCGGUUGCGGGGACAUAUGAAGACAUGGAAAGCGGACACUGUUUUGCACGAUGGAGCUCCGAACGUUGGUUUAGGAUGGGUUCAGGAUGCAUUUACUCAAUCCCAAUUGACAUUGCAAGCAUUAAAGUUGGCCGUUGAAAACUUAACACUUGGUGGUACUUUCGUGACAAAGAUUUUCCGGUCCAGAGAUUACAAUAAUCUUAUGUGGGUCUUUCAGCAGUUAUUCGAGAAAGUCGAGGCCACAAAACCCCCAGCAUCUCGUAAUGUGUCAGCUGAAAUCUUUGUCGUUUGUAAAGGGUUCAAGGCUCCAAAGAAACUUGAUCCACGUUUGCUUGAUCCGAAGGAGGUGUUUGAGGAGUUGGCCGACGGACCCCAAAACAACGAAGCAAAGAUCUACAAUCCUGAGAAGAAAGUCAGGAGAAGACAGGGUUACGAAGAGGGUGAUUAUCUUUUAUAUCAUGAACUUCCAAUCCUUGACUUUAUCAAAGAUGAAGACCCCAUCAAUACAUUGGCCACGCUCAACAAGUUGACUAUGCCAGACAAAGAUAAUCAUGAAUGGAAGAUCGUCAAAAAGUUGAAAUCGUAUACUCCAGAACUAGUUGAGUGUUUCACUGACUUGAAGGUUUUGGGGAAAAAGGAAUUCAAGCAUAUAUUGAAGUUCAGAAAGCAAGCCAGAGAACUCUUGGGCCUUGAUGUACCUGAAGAGACCAAGCCAGAAAUAGAAGUUGAAGAGCUCACAGAGGAUCAAAAGAUAGACAAGGAGCUCCAGGCAAUGACCGAGAAACAAAGACAGAAAGCCAAAAGAAUCAAGAAAAACGCCAAUGAAUUGAAACAGAAGGAAAUCCAACGUAUGCAAAUGAACAUGUUGACAGACAUGAAUGUCGGUAUUGACGCUGCAAAGAUUGGGUCUGAGUCACUUUUCAACUUGAGCACCGCUGAGAAGACAGGAGAACUUGACAAAUUAGCAAAAGGUAAAAGACAAAUGAUUUUCAGCAAUGAAGAAAUUAUUAAGGACAACGAUAUUUACGUUGACGAAGACGCACCUCAGGAGUCUGAUGAUGAGCUAGAUGCCCUUGAAGCACAAUUGGAUGAUAUGUAUAGUGCUUAUCAGAAUCGAAAGGCUGAAAGGGAUGCUAAAUUCAGAGCUAAGCAGAGGCGUGGGGAUGAUGACGACGAGCCUUGGGAAGGACUUCAGUCUGAUAAAGAGGAGUCGGAUGUCGAGAUGGCAGACAACGACGAUGAUCACAGCUCUGACUCAGACGACGAUGAGCAUAUAUCGACACUCAUUGCAGAACAGAAGGCCAAGAAUGGAUUGUCUCGUCAAGCGAGUCUGUUCUUUGCUUCAGACCCCAUUUUCAAUGCGUUCGAUGAUGAAGAAUUGUUGGCAGAGAUGGGCAAUGACGAGUCUAAACGAGGUGCAAGCUCGACUAAACCACAAGAGCCUGCUGUUUCUGAAACUAAAGAUAUCGCUGACUCCAGUGAUUCUGAAGACGAUCAAGGAUUCGAGAUUGUGAAAUCCAAUAAUGACGAUGACGAGAUCGACAUAAGUUCUUCAUCUGAUGAAGAGUCGGGUAGCAAGAAAAACCACCUGUGGGACAUAGACCUUGCAACAGUAGAGGCCAUGACUAUGGCUCACCAGUUGGCCUUGGGACAAAAGUCGAAGAACGACUUGGUGAAUGAAGGUAUUAAUAAGUAUUCGUUCCGUGACCACGAAGGCUUACCAGAUUGGUUUGUUGACGAAGAAAAGAAGCACUCAAAGAUCACAAAAUCCAUAACCAAAGAGGCUGCAGCUGCCAUCAAAGAGAAGCAAAAACAGCUCAAUGCUCGUCCGAUUAAGAAGGUAUUAGAGGCUCAGGGCCGGAAGAAGAUGAGAGCCUUAAAGAGACUUGAAAAGUUGAAGAAGAAGUCUGACUUGAUUAAUGAAGAUAGCGCGAAAUCUGAGGCAGAUAAGGCUGACGAGAUCCAGAAGCUUAUGAGAAAGAUGACGAAGAAACAAACCAAGAGACCAAAGGCCACAGUUGUGGUUGCGAGAGGGUCUAAUAAGGGUUUGAGCGGCAGACCGAAGGGUAUCAAAGGAAAAUACAAGAUGGUUGAUGGUGUUUUGAAGAAUGAACAAAGAGCAUUACGGAGAAUUGCGAAAAAGCAUCGCAAGUAA